AUGGAAGAAAAAUACACGUCCAAACUGUCACCUACCGUCGAUUUUUGGGCAGGAGUGUACUUGGUGAUUGUUGCCACCAUGUCCGUCAUCGGUAACGCCGCGGUGCUUGUGAGCGCGUCCCGUCGGAUCAGUCAGCUCAAAGCUCCGGAGCUGCUGACGGUGAAUCUGGCCGUGACCGACAUCGGCAUGGCUCUGUCCAUGUACCCGCUUUCCAUCGCCUCCGCCUUUAACCACGCCUGGCUGGGAGGAGACGCGACCUGCCUGUACUACGGCGUCAUGGGAAUGCUUUUCAGCGUCACCAGUAUCAUGACCCUGGCUGUGAUGGGAAUGAUCCGAUACCUGGUGACGGGAACGCCGCCCAAGACAGGUGUGAAGUUCCAGAGACCCACUAUUCGACUGCUGAUCAGUGGCAUCUGGCUGUACGCAGUGCUGUGGGCAGUGCUCCCCCUGGUGGGCUGGGGCAGCUACGGUCCCGAGCCGUUCGGACUGGCCUGCUCCGUGGACUGGACCGGUUAUGGAGAGUCCCUGAACCACUCGACCUUCAUCCUGGUCCUUUCGGUCCUCUGCACCUUCCUCCCCUGCCUCCUCAUCCUCUUCACGUACUUCGGCAUCGCGUGGAAGCUGCACAGAGCCUACAAGUCCAUCCAGACCCAAGACUUUCAGUACGGCAACAUCGAGAAGAAAAUAACUCUGAUGGCCGUGAUGAUCUCGGUGGGCUUCCUGAUCGCGUGGACCCCGUACGUGGUUGUCAGCUACUGGAGCAUGCAUCACGCACGCACCCAGCACCUCAUGAGCCCCUUUAUAACCCUCCUGCCCUGCCUAUUCGCCAAGAGCUCCACGGCCUACAACCCUUUCAUCUAUUUCCUCUUCCAAUGCUCAGCCAGGCGAGAGCAGAUCGGCGCCGGGAAGCAAGGCCGAGCAUGCUGCUUCUACUUCUACUGCUGCGGUGGGGGAGGAGGCGGAGGAGGUGGAUACUCAGAGCGAAGAAGCAGGAAUGAAAGGAUGAGAGAAAGCAAAAUGGCCACAGAUUGUAACGGGAACGGGACCGAUGAGACAAUGGUGGGGUUGACGGGGUGUUCUUUAGUGCAAAACGGGAAAGAAAUAGUGACAAUAGCUUAA